AUGUCAUCAACAUUUUCAGUGGAUAUUUCCUAUGAGGAACUGAAGGCCCUUGUGGGAAAGAGCCCGAAUCUCAUUCUGAUUGAUGUUCGCAGUGAAGAGGAGGUGGCAAAAGGACAUAUUCCAGGAUGCACCAAUAUCCCACUUGAUACAGUGGAGACUGCUUUUGCAAUGAAUCCAGAUGAAUUCAAGGCCAAGUAUGGCAUAAAGAAGCCACAGCUGGAUGCACCAGAGCUGGUGUUUUCCUGCCAGACGGGCAGGCGAUCAGGACUGGCCAUCGGCAAGGUCCAACAGCUGGGAUAUGUGACCGCAUGCAAUUAUACUGGUGGAUACAGCGAGUGGUCUAAGAAAGAAGGAAAGUGAUUCACGCUAAAGGAGAGUUUCAUAUGUCUUCAUCCAAUCAGCAACUGUGAAAUUUAGAUGUUUUAAUCUUCUGGUGAUUUUUU